AUAGCACAUGCUGGUCUCUACAAAAGCGGUCGUAUUUUCCUAUCCUAGUAGAGGUGGUAGAUCAGACGACUUUCUGGACCUAGGCAUCAGCAGAAAACUUUAGACCCGAUCUGAUAUGAUAGGGGGCUAGACUGAGCGUUUGGCGCGACAGAAAGGUGACAACGAAAGAAUGUAAUACACAAUACUAUAUUACAGGACGGAAGAAAGUGUUAAAACAUGUGGGCGGUCACCAUAUCUGUGUUGAUAUCACUACUUUCAAUGACUGAAGCUCAGAACGGUGAAUCUCUUCCAAAAUGUGAGGAUAAGCUCAAAUGUAGAAUCCUUCCCGCUUCAUUUUACCAUGUACACGGAAACAAGGUGCCCGUGGCCAUAAGUGAGGGAGCCUUAUUUAAAAACAACACGUCACGUGACUGUUGGGUUGACAUGGGGGACGCUUUGUCGUUGUGCUACCCGGAAGGACCUGGGGAUACAAUAAACCACAUCGCGCUAGUUUUGAAAUGCAUGAGGCGUCAAAGAGUGGCUUUUGAAGGGCCUAAUUUGAUUGGUUACACGAAAAGCGUCCUACAAGUUCAAAUUCACAACUGCAAGGUCGGUAUAGACGACAUGAACUGGCUGGGACAAAUGUACGAUUUAAGGGUCAUAACAGGAAUUAAUACGGAGUUGUUGCCCACGGGCCGUGGCAUGGACUUGAACCAGACAUUUCCAGGCCUGAAGAAAGUCGUUUCCUUGUAUUUGACCAAUACAAACAGUACUAACAGGAUAGAAACGUUAUUUCCUCGACCAGAUGUUUUCAUGUCGAUGGCAGAAGUCGCAUUCCACAACAUGUCAAUCCACAGACUCCCAUCUGAUUUUUCUUCCAGGAUGCCCCGCCUUCAGACUUUAGAUCUGGCGCAGAAUUUCUUAACGGAGCCACCACCACAGUUUCCGUGGUUUCAGGAUUCGAUGGAGCUACCUCGAAAUCUGUCUCGCACGAAUAUUUUCAACACAAAGUACACAACUGCAGUAGGCAUCAACGUAGCACCAAAUCUGUUUCGAAGGUCUUUUCAUCUGGAACAUAACCCCCUUCGAAAUCUACACGGUCGAAGAUUCCAUGGCUGGAUUCAGUUGCUUUCCUUGCGGGACACUGGUCUUGUAGACAUCGACGAUGACACAUUAGCUAACGUCACUGGAUUACAAAAACUGGACCUAAGCAUGAACAAUCUGACAAUGAUUCGUCCCGAAAUACUCAAUCACAACGGUUUGAAGGAAGUCCGAGAGAUCAAUUUGGCCAAGAAUAAUUUGAUAUCUUUAAGCAGGACGACAUUUAACAAUCUUCCAGAGCUGGAAAGUUUGGUCCUCAAUAACAACAAACUGACAGGCAUUGAGUCAGCAACGUUUCAAGCUUUGUUAAAACUAGAAAAACUACAUUUGGAAAACAACUUACUGGAGGAUGUGUCAUCCGACAGCUUUCCAAAGGACACAGUCGCCUUAAACGAAGUCGUCCUGAGUCACAAUCCCUUGAGGGAAAUUCCGUUAGAUGUCUUCACUACAAAUAUUGCUAAAGUCGAUUUAACAGGUUGCCAGAUUUCGCUGGAAACGUUAAACGAAACACUCGCCCAAGUUCCGAAGGAGAUCUUUUUGUCUGGGGUUGGAGACAGGUCUUCGUUUAUAUCUGCGGACCGCGAAAGCACUCAUCGAUUUAAGAGAACCAAGCCAUAUAAGAAGUUCAUCAACUUGAAAGACAAUGGAAUCACCAGUAUACCGAUGUUUGAUAUGGAACAGUAUCGUUUACUUCUUGUUUAUUAUCAUCUUGAUGUGAGAGAGAAUCCCAUUGAGUGUUCUUGUCAUUUGUCACCUUUCAUCUACUACGUGAGCUCUGAACGCUCGAAAGGUAAUUUCGACGGCACUGAAUACCUGUUUAAGGAGAUCCGCUGUACCAGUCCACCUGAGCACGAAGGUAAACUUGUACUUGAUUUAAACCCUAGCGAUCUCACGUGUCCGACAAAUUCGACCAAGUGCCCUAGUGGAUGCAAGUGUUAUACCUUCUAUAACAGGAGUGAUCUCAUGCUGGAUUGCUCACGAGGCCUGCACACGUCAUUUCCAAACGAGAUUCCCUCGGAUACAAUCAAAAUUAGACUAAACAACAACAACGUCACUACUCUCGGAAGAAUAGAAUAUCGAAAUAGAUUGAUAGAACUGGAUUUGUCGUACAACCAAAUUUCCUCGAUAACAGACGAGUUCUUUGAAAUGAUGCCAAAUUUGCGGUUCCUUAACCUAAAGCACAACCUCCUCACUUCACUGCCACGCGGGAUACAAUCACUGAAACUUACGCAUGCGCAGCUAACAGACAAUCAUAUUCGAUGCGACUGUAAGACGGCGUGGAUGAAACAAUGGUUGGUGGCGAAGAGAGAGACCAUCGAAGAAUGGAGCAAUUUAACAUGUGCUGUAACAGAAGAUAAACUCUUUAAGAUCGUCGAAGUCCCUGACGAAGACUUCACCUGUCCGAAGAAUACUGACUGGAAGCGAGAUAUAACUCUGUAUAUUUGCUUCGUGACUGCUGUAGCACUUGUCUUAGCUGCAGUACUCUAUCGCUUCAGACUGGAAAUAAAAGCCUUGCUUUUUGUCAGAUUCAAUUUGCGCUUCUUAAGACAUAAGGGUCUGGCUCACGAAGCCAAAGCGAUUGACCUAUUUGUAAUAGCCGCUUCAAAUGACUGGGAAUGGGCACGAGAGAACGUGAUUGAACCCUUGUGUGAUUCUCAUUUGCUUACGUCUCUGGCUUUACAUUUGGAGGAUUUCUACGUCGGUCUGUCGUUCCAUGACAAUAUCGAGCUGUUAACAAACAAUUCAACCAAAAUCGUCAUUGUUUUGUCGGCUCAGUUUUUUGAGGAUGAGCUGUGUGUGAUUGGGUUAGAGCGAGCGAUGCAAUUGUCUCUCUCUCAACGUACCAGCAGAAUUGUGAUAUUGAAAAGACCGUCCUUCAACUGCAGUCUGAUAAAAGGUGCAUCACUUCGUCGUUUUCUUCGCGCUCAAUCCUCUAUCAAGGACACUGACAAGCUUUUGAGAGACAAGCUAAUCUAUUCUACGGCUGCUCGGUCAUUCGAUGAAGACACGGAACAUGGUAGACUCGCACCUUGGCAGAGGCGCGUAGCAAAAUCAAUCCCGCAGGUAAACCAUCAGUGCUGCUACGACGUGUACGUUGCCUGUGGUGACGCGCACUCGAACUGGGUGGCCAAUCACGUGACUGCAAAACUCGAGGUAAACGAUUGGAUAACGUGUGUACCCGACCGCGACUUCCUGCCUGGAGAACCCUUGGACGCCCUGAUUGUAGCGUCACUACAAAAAUCGCGCUACGUCCUCAUGGUGCUUUCCGAGCAGUUCGCACAAGACGACGUUUGCAUGUUUGUGUUUCGCGCUGCACAUAGAAUAUCGGUGAACGAACGCCGGAAUUUUCUCAUUGUUCUUCUUUCAGAGGGUACAAACAUAAUGGACCUUCCGGAAGACAUUCAAACGUACUUGCUCACUCAUGCAUAUUUACGCCAAAGCGAUGCUGAUUGGUGGCAAAAGUUGACCGUUGCUAUGGUGAGAGGACCCGAUAGUGCCGUCCAUAAUUCUUUAGGCCCAGUGCCAGAUGUUAUUAAUAUAAGCAAAAUUGCAACCGACGUUUGACAGGUUAGUAUACAGCAGGAUUUCAGAAUGUACCAUUUUAUGCGUUACUGUAAUGCCGCCACUAUCGACAAGGCGCUGUGAGCACCGAGCUUGUUUCUUGAGAUACAUUUUUACCUCAUAUAUGUGACCCAAACGCUUCUCGGAGUUGUAAACAUUCAGUUGUGCCUCGCACAAUUUAAUUGUAUAUUACCGAGAAUUAACAUGAAAAAUUGGGUCAAAGAGGUAUUUUGUUAUUAAAAUAUCUACAUUUAAAUAUAGUUAUGUACAUUGUAAAUCCGUCAUUAAUGUCAUUGAAAGUCUGAUUUCAGAGAGUGUAAAGAAUUAUUUGCGUUGCAAUGUUUUAUUAACAAAGAAACGUACGUUAUUGAUACAUUUAGUCGAUAAUUUAUGCAUAAAAGUUUUUCAUAUCAUUACCAUUUAGUGUACAACAGUUCACUACGGAGAAUUCACACGACACGUUGUCUCAAAGAUGUAUUUUGUUAUUAAAAUAUCUAUUUUUAGACUUACUGGAGUACAUUGUACGUUGUAAAUCUGUCAUGUAUGCUGGUAAAAGUUUUGUUUCAGAGAGAGCCUGAUCGAGUUAUUUGCCUUGCAGUGUUUUAUAAACAAAAGUUGUUGGUGCAUUUAAUAUGUCAUUUAUUCAUGAAAGACUUUCGUAUCAUUUGGUGAACAAUAGUUUAUAUCUUUUACAUGAAUAAAAGUCACGAUUGUUUUCUUCAUAUCA